CGCUGUCUGCGGAAGCUCAUGUAUCCCGGCGGCCCUGGCGCCAGGGCGGAAGGAGGCGCGGAGGCGACGCUCUGGCCCGCAGCGCCCGGACUCUCGUCCCCCGGCUGACGUCGGACAACAAAGAUGGCGGCGGGAACAAGCAAUUACUGGGAAGAUCUCAGGAAACAGGCUCGACAGCUGGAAAAUGAACUUGACCUGAAACUAGUUUCCUUCAGUAAACUGUGCACGAGUUACAGUCACAGCAGCGCCCGAGAUGGAAGACGCGACAGGUAUAGCUCUGACACAACACCUCUUUUAAAUGGAUCAAGCCAAGACAGAAUGUUUGAAACAAUGGCAAUUGAGAUUGAACAGCUUUUGGCAAGGCUUACAGGAGUGAAUGAUAAAAUGGCAGAAUAUACCAAUAGUGCAGGUGUCCCCUCCCUGAAUGCAGCACUGAUGCACACAUUACAGCGACAUAGAGACAUAUUGCAGGAUUAUACACAUGAAUUCCAUAAAACCAAAGCAAACUUUAUGGCAAUACGGGAAAGGGAGAAUCUCAUGGGAUCAGUACGAAAGGAUAUUGAGUCAUAUAAAAGUGGGUCUGGAGUAAACAACAGAAGAACUGAACUAUUUUUGAAAGAACAUGAGCACCUUCGAAACUCAGAUCGUCUGAUAGAAGAGACAAUAAGCAUUGCUAUGGCAACAAAAGAAAAUAUGACUUCACAGAGAGGAAUGUUGAAGUCAAUUCAGAGCAAAAUGAACACUUUGGCCAAUCGUUUUCCUGCUGUGAACAGCCUGAUCCAGCGAAUCAACCUUAGGAAGCGGCGAGACUCACUCAUCCUGGGCGGUGUUAUCGGCGUCUGUACCAUCCUAUUGCUGCUGUAUGCUUUCCAUUGAUGGGCGCCUCCAGGGACUUGGGACAACUACCACUUUCAGGCCCUGAUCUGGAGUAAGGAAAAGCGGAGGGAGAAAGUGACUGCGUGGUAAUCAGCCUGACCAGCAGGAUCGUUCAGGGCUGAGAGCGCUGGACUCUGUGACCUGGUCCGGCUGAGCUGAAUGAAGCCACCGUUUUUCUAACACACUUCCUUCUGUUUUUAGUUUUAAAAAAAGGAAAGGUUUUCAGUUGCUUUUGUCUCCCCAGGGGGUAAGUAAAUGAGUCAGAAAGAGAGUCUGCGCUUCAGUGAUAGUGUCGGAGGCUGAUGGCAAGCCGGGUCGGUCUCUUCGGAAAACCAGGUCUCUCUUUGUCCAAAGACUGCUUUCCUCUUAGCUGCCUGAUUGGGUUGUGAAUAAAAAUAGAUCUUGUCCUUUUAUUUGACACUCACGAUGAAAAGUCACAAGUCGUUUUUAAAUCUGUACUAUAAAUUUCUACUCUGUGUCCCCAACUCUUUUGGUAUUCAAGGAAAAUUCCAUUUUCACAGAUUCUUUGAGAUGCUGACAGCCCAGCUUCAACAGGGUUGAGGUUGUGUUAAAUGAUAAACACUGCAAAAAAGCAUUUUUCUUUUUUGUAAUUCUCACCCAAGGAUAUGUUUUUAUGGAUUUUUUUUUUUUUUUUUUUUUUUUUUUUUUGAGAAUGAAUAAGGGGGAAGGAGAAAGAGAGAGAAACAUUGGUUGGUUGCCUCCCAUAUGUGUCCUGACCAGGAAUCAAAACCACAACCUGUUUUGUAUACAGACAACGCUCCAACUGAGCCAGUCAGCAGGGGUGUUUUUUGUUUUUUUUUUGUUUUUUUACUCGUGUGCACAUUGGGCUUAACUGUAUUGCUGGGAAAGCAUCAAGAAUGAUAAGCUUAUUUAAAGGAUUCUUGUUUUGAUUUUUAUUUCUUCCAUUUGGGUUAGUAUUUGCUACUAGAAGACAAUGAAAUCUUAGUUCUACCAGGACUAAAGAAGCUAUAGCCAAUGUCUGCCAAUGCCCCCAACUAUUCCUCCUGUCAGGAUUAACACUGAUGGCCGAGGGAGGGACUGCUCAGUUCUCAGUGAGAUCUGCUGAGCAAGCCGCGUGUAAAAAGACAUUGAUCAAGGGGUCACCAUUCAGAUUAAUUCCAUUUGUAAAUGCUCCACGUUUAUGAGCAAAAGUUUUAAGAACUACCACCCGAUGUAACAGGAAUUCUGUGUUCUGUGAAAAUCUCUUCAUUCCAAAUCUUUUAAGCUUUUCCAAACAUCCAGAGAAGGGUGUCAUUGUCGGAGAUGCACGUGACAGAAUCUCCGUCUGCACCUGUCUUCUCUUACCAUCCCCGGACGAAAUCUUAAACCACCCACCAGAAUUCUUAAGUUUAACCAUUUCGCAGUCUCUGUAAGUUCAUUAUUUUGUCUAACUGAACUUCCCAAAUAGUUUGAAGACUUCCAACAUCUACAUCCUCACCAAGGAAGAGGCUGCUUCUCACACUGGGACUUCUUACGCUAUUUCCAGUACUGGCUUCAGACUGCGCCGGGAAUGAAAGAAUCUUAGCAUACAGUCCCUAGCUACAUCCAAGUGUCCAUGGUGUGUGUCAUUCAGAUGAACCUGAUGUACAGGCUGAUGGGGAAACUAAUCCAUGGUCUGAUGCAGACACUGAAAGGUUUUCCAUGCUGGUGUCAGAGUUUUGUUAUAUUCCGAGUAUGAAAGGCAUUGGAUAUUUUUUUAACUAUGGGGUUUAUUUUUCUAAGUAUGGGUUGAUUGAUCAGUAGUUGAUUGGGGGUGCCCUUAAAAGAUAGUUUGAGUUUUCCCAAUGCGAACCUUCCAGGGUCAGGGAAGGUCAUUCAUUAAAUUGUCUGUUGGGAGAACGCUCUUCUCCCCUGACACUUUAUUAUCUUUGAUUUUUCAAAGGGCUUUGAUUGGUGGUUGUACCUCAGCUAGAAUUUAUGGGACUUUGGUUGCUAUAUAGUUGGCAUUUAUAAAAUCUGAAGUUUCAUAAAUAAAAUAAUUUAUUUAAUUAUACUACCAGUCUUUUUUACUGGUCUGCUUAUUUGGUGCAUUCAUCGAAGCUGGCUGUGUGAGGGUAAACCUAGAACCUGCGCUGAUCUAGCUCCUGCCACUGAGGAGCCUUCCCUUAGAGCUCUGCUCACACAAAGGAAGAGAAUUGUGCUGGGUCUUUUCUUUGUAAAGAUAAAGAGACUAGUUCUUCCAAGGAAGUUGAGCAAUUGUGGUGUAGAUGUUGCGGUCGGGUAAGUCUGACUAACCUCCCACCCAGUGCUGUAGCCGUAGUGAGGUGUCCCGGGCCAGAUGUGGAUAGGUAGCGAGGACAGUGCCCCUCCUUCCUCUGCGAGUCCCUUAGGACAGCAGUCGCCAGCCGUGAGGUCUGAAAGGUUGGCGACCGCUGCUUUGGGAGACCUGGAGCAAGAAAAGGAAGCGAGCCAUCGACGAGCAGAGGCUCACCGUGGAGCCACGGCAGCUGGUACAAGAACUCGCAGUUUCAUGCCACUUUUUCUUUAACCAUCUUGGUUUUCCUCCUCUUUUGCCAUUCUUACAGAGCGGUUGGUAGGCUCAGGAGCCAACAGGAGGCUACUCUUAGAGAAAGUCCGAGCAGGAGGACUUUUCUAUUUCUAGUCCCAAAUGUUGCCUCUUAGAGGGAAUAGUCUCCCUCAGCUAUUGUCAUAUAAUCUUUCCUUUUGGGAUCUUCUUUGUAACCACUCAAAACUUUGCAAGUAUGAAAAACCAUGGCAACAUAGAGGCAGAAAAUUCCAAAACGCACACCUCUGAGACUGUUUCAGUGUGUUGGGAGAACACCUUUCUUUCUUAAAAAAAAGUUGAAUAAAUCUCGUAAUAAAGUUCAGGCCCAAACGUCCGGGUGCUGUGAUCUCUGUCCCGGCUGUCUCUAUUGUGAUUACUGUUAGAUGCCGAAGCAUUCCCUGUCACCUGUAUUGUCACCCUUGUCUCCUGUUAGAAAAGGCUUUCCUUCUCCAUAUUUCUCUCUCCGUUGUACCGAGAUUCACUUCACAGAGAAUGCCAUUUCCCAUACUGCCCGGGGCCAGAUCAGGCAUGGGACUGAAGUCCUGAGACCAGAGGGUGAUGAGAGGGGAGACAUCAUGAGACUUUGUACCUGGAAUCAAAUAUCUUUACUUUAGUUCUUUCCUAUUAGAUGCUAAAUAAAUCUGAAUAGAGGGAUGUACCUAUUGAGCCUUUUGGCCUCUAAAUAAUUGAGGCACCUUGGACUCGCAUUCCCACCAUUAACUUUCUGUUUCACUGUUAAUAAUCUCAACUUGGUGAAAAGGACUUUAAAAAACUGGACUAGCCUUUUGGUUUCUAAUACCUUAUGUUUGAUCAUCAAUCAGAUGCGAUUUCUUGGAAACUGAGUUCUCUAACUUGUAACAUUAAGCUGAUGAGGCUAAGUGGCCAUGCCUAGUGUCACACUGGAUUUUGUGGCAAAUGUAACUGAAGAACAAAUGGAUUCUACUCAGAAAAUUAAAAUGGUUGUGUUCCAUUCUCCUCUUGGGUUAGGGGUUGUUUAGCUGGUCUCCAAAAAGAUGAGAGCUUUACAUCAUGGACUUUGUAACCUAAUCUUAUUAUUCCUUUAUAAAUCUGUGUGUCCCUCUUAUAGGGGAAAAGGAAAUGAGGAACAAGUGAUUCUUAAGGAUGUUAAUUGGAUAAGCUGAGCCAUGUCUUUCUCAUUUUCUUUAUACAUAAGGUCUCACUUCAGUAUCAAAGUAUUUGCAUUUAUUGCCAUCCUAUUAGCUCUUAGGGAGGGGAAUCGAUUCCAAUCACAUUUUACCAUGAUGGAAGAUGUUUACUCUUGAAAAAUGCCAAUACAGAUUUAUAAAAAUCUAUUCCAAAUGCACUUUCUAAUUUUUUGCUUUUAAAAUGGCUUCUUGGAAACCAGUUUAAUUGUAUUUGUAUUUAAUUUUUGUUCUCAUCUAAAUGUGCAUUUUCUGACUGUAUAGAAGAAGCUUUGUUAUGUAAUUUAAUAAUAAACUAGAAAUCUAAA